GGCGUUGAGGGUGAUUCCUCUGAAUGGUUGCUUGGUUUUGUCAAGGACCUGCUGCAGGAGAGGAGGAGGAGGGGGAUGGCCGAUGCGCAGGAAUACCAAAAUAGGCUUGAGCUGCGUGCGACUGUCCUGCUGGAGCUAAAUUAAGGUUCAUGUGUUGUGGAGAAGAGCGUUUUGAGAACCUGAUGACUGUAGUAGGCACGGGUCAUUCAUGAAAACAAGGUUAAAGGUAAGCCUUUGGUUUUUCAAGCAGAUUAGAGCCUUUUACUUAUGAAUUAAAGGGGCAUUUGCAGUGCAAUCAAUAAAUGGGAUGAUAACUGGGAACGCGACACCCUGAUAUUGCUUUGUCUUCCAUACUGCAGGUAAUUUGAGCUCUAACAUGUUUUCAUUCCCGCAGAUACAAUGUCACACAACCACAGUGAGAUGUACACAUACGACUUCAGUGAUGGUGACCAUGCAGUAGAGCUCCUGGAUUCUCUCAGACAUUUCUACAUGAAUGGCUUCUUCACGGACGUUUCGCUGCAGUGUGGAGACUCCAGCAAGGUUUUCCACUGCCACAAGGCUCUGCUGUCGGCCAGGAGCUCCUAUUUUAAAGUCAUGUUCACAGCUGACAUGAGGGAGAGGUCAAACAGUGUGAUAAAGCUGACUGGGGUUGACUGUGUCGUCCUCGAGGUCCUGGUGAACUAUGUAUACACAGCUCAGGUGUGCAUCACUGAAAGCAAUGUGCAAAGCCUGCUGGAGGCUGCAGACCUCCUACAGUUCCUCUCUGUGAAACAAGCAUGCGAGGAGUUUCUUAUUCGCUUGCUAGAUUCAGGGAACUGCCUGGGGAUGCACGCUUUUGCACAGCUGCAUAUGUGCACCAGCCUGGAGAGAGAGGCCCGCAGGGUGAUGCUGAGCCGGUUCACAGAGCUCAUCCUGCAGGAGGAGUUCCUUGAGCUGGAUCCUGACAGGAUUAGAUCAGUGUUGGCAGCUCAGAACCUCACUGUGCAGAGGGAUGAGGUGCUAAUCGAUGCUGUGGCCAAAUGGGUUACUCAUGACUUGGAUAACCGUGUGCACCAUGCUGCAGACUUGCUGCGCUGCACUCAUCUGGACCUGGAUGAUAUUUACUUCAGGGCUACUUUAGAAGUGCACAUGCCAAGCUUGCUGAAAAAUGAGGAGAAAUUAAAAGCCUUGAUCAACCAGGCAUUAAGAUCCAGUGGCAAGCAGAUGUGCAGAAAAAUGUCAUCCAGCUUGUAUGUAAUCGGUGGAUACUUCUGGCAUCCUCUUUGUGAAGUCCACAUAUGGGAUCCUAUCAGCAACACCUGGGUGCAAGGGAAAGACAUGCCUGACCAUGGGAGAGAGAGCUACAGCAUUAGUUUAUUAGGAGCAAAUAUCUAUGUGACUGGAGGUUACAGGACAAACACUGUGGAGGCUCUGGACACGGUUUCUGUUUACAACUGUGACUAUGAUGAAUGGACUCAGGGUCGUCCUAUGAUCACAGCUAGAUACUACCACUGCUCUGUGGCUUUGCACGGCUGUAUUUAUGCAAUCGGAGGCUACAGAGGAGGAGCCCCAGAGCAGGAGACAGAGUUUUAUGAUCCUCUGAAAAAGAAAUGGUUCCCUGCGGCCAAGUUGAUCCAAGGUAUGCCAAAUAUAAAGUGAUGAACUGUUAGACUGAAGAGUUGAGAAAGCAAAUCUUACUUUUCUUACUUUUCAAGGACUUUUUUAUUUGUUUGGAGCACAGUUUCAGGUUCAUUCUUUAUGAUGCGUCCACUGAUAAAAGUCAGAUUGAAAGCUCUCAAACAGGCCUAAUUAAACAGAUAUACUUGUGAUUAGAUUGUUUCCUCAUCUGCUGUUUCAAGGGUCAAAGUAGAUGAAUAUACCUGUUUGUGUACAUGCAGUUUAGAGGACAGUAACACACAACAACAUAGGCUUGAGGGGUUUUGACAUUUAGAUUAGAUCAAUCACAAAGUCUGCUUAUUGUUCUGUUUAAGGGCUUUUCAACAAUACAGUCAGUUUGCAAAAUCAUCUCAGAUUCGGCUGAGGUGUCAGAACAAAAACUAAACCAACUGUUGAACCUACUCAGAGAAGCAAUGAUGCAUAUUUUAUUCAUAUGUGUAAAAAAAACAAAUCCAAAAGCUUCAUCACUCAAUAUUUUGCUUUUAACAUAGGAUCAUAUGACUACAAGAAUAUGGCAGUUGAUGUUCAUAGUGAUAAAUCUCCUCUCGGCAGUACUUAAGGUCUUCACAUUAGUAAUUUGGCUUCUUGAAGCCUCUUGUUUUUGUUUGCUGGUGCACACUUUACUGUUGUAGCUCUUCCCGUUAUCAUCCACCCUCAGCAGCAAGUCAUUUUAACAUGUAACCUAAAUACACCUCAAUCAGGACAUACAUAAAACAUUUUUCCAAAUCGAAACUCUUGACUCAAUUAUAAGAAAUAUAAUCAAAAAUACUCACAGUUGAGAUCAUGUUAGCAGAAAAAAGUUUUUAUAAACACAAAACUUUAUUCCUCCUUCCUGUUUAAGCGCAAUUUCAGAUAUUAGUUGGUCGUAUAGAGGCUUCAGUUUUAAUCUCAGUCUUUUUUAUAUCCAACAACAGCAACAACAAAAACUCCUCACAGGAGGUUUAAAUCCUUAUAAAUGCAAAAGUGACCAUUCUCACAUUUAAUGCCUAAAUUAUGUUUACAUUUACGCUUCUAAAAUCUCUCUACGAAGUCAUCUUCAACAAAUUUCUCCCAAUAUCUGCAGUGAAAUUGUUUCUAGUUGUGAUUUCAGUUGUAGAUAAAACUUCACAGUCAAUUCCCUCUAGGUUGGUUUGUGGGUUUGUUUGCCACAAAUGAGUAAUAAUAAAUUUUAUGUAUUUGAAACAUAUUUAUUUGAACAGAAUUCUGUUUUGAAUAACAAAAAUGUUUAUCAAGAAUUGGAAAAAUUAUGUGGAUUUCUGAAAUCAAAAGUCAAAUACACAUGAAAGUCAAAAGUCAGGUUAUUUCUCUUAGGGAGAGCACCAUUGUGGAUGUCGGAAGUGACAUUCGUGGGUAUCAGGAAUGUUAUUGCGGAUAUCUAAAUUACUGAUUUUGACGAGGAAGAGCUGAAUGAAAGAUAUUAGCAGUAAAUAUCCAGUCUUGCUUCUCAGUGUUAAAAUGAUUUGUUAAGAGUAUCAGACCCAGGCAGCUGGUUACAGCUCCUUCAGAAUUGCUGUACUCAUUAUUACCAACAGCAAAACACGAAAGUGUUUCGCUACUUGGUGCAUAAAAUGUAGCAUCUAGCUCUUGAAGGCAGUGGUUUAAGGCCUAAAACUGGGAUAAAAGAGAGUGAUGGUCAGAGAAAAAGGUUUAAAACGGCAAAAAAACCUGAGAGCUAACAAGUUUUUCAAACUCUUCAACUUUCAACUCUUCAGCGUUGAUAUGUUAUGAAAAGUAAUCGACAUUUGUGUGUUUGACCAGUUUACACCUUUGACCUUUGUUUCCUUUGAAGGUGUAGGAAAUGCCACUGCUUGUGUAAUGGGAGAUAAAAUCUAUGUAACUGGAGGUCACUAUGGAUACAGAGGAAACUGCACCUAUGAAAAAAUCCAAGUCUACAGGCCUGAUGUGAAUGAAUGGAGUAUCUUUACAAUAAGCCCCCAUCCAGGUAAGAAAAAUAAAGGAAAAAAAUAGAUAAGAAAUAUGAUAAAACAAUAUAUUCUACUUUAUAAUCCUCUCUUUUCAGAGUACGGCCUGUGCUCUGUGUCCCUCCAUAACAAGCUGUAUUUGGUGGGAGGACAGACGACUGUCGCAGACUGCUAUGACACAGAGAGCAACGAGUGGAGACCAAUGCCAGUGAUGAAGGAGCGGAGGAUGGAGUGUGGGGCUGUGGUUAUAAAUGACUGUAUUUAUGUAACAGGAGGUUAUUCCUAUUCAAAAGGGACUUAUCUGCAGAGUAUUGAGAAAUACGACCCUCAGCUGGACUCCUGGGAGAUUGUGGGGACUCUUCCGAGUCCUGUCAGAUCACACGGGAGUGUUUGUGUCUUCAGUGUGUAAUAUCAAAGUCCUAUCAGUACUGUGGUCAUUUGUGCCAAACAGAUCAAAUUAUUAUAAUGUGUCAAAGAGUGGAAAUAUCAGGUGCACUUCUAGACAAAAUGUUGUGUUAGGUAAUGUUUUGCUCUGGGUAACAGUGUUUACAGAGCCACACAUUUACCAAACUGUGAGCAUAAGGAAGAACAAACUUCUGAUUAACCUCUCAGGGACUUUAAUAAACCAAGGCACUCUAACUAGAUUAUUUAAGAUGAACUUUUGCACUAGGCCUUCACUUGAUUUAAUUUAUCACCAGCUCCAUGCUGCAAUUUCUGCCCGAAAAAAACAAAAACAAAACAGUGAUGUCAAACAGAACUUUAUCAAACAUUUAUUUAAUCACAUUUAAUGGUAUCAAUCCCACAUCUUUGGUUUAACUUGCGACUGUUAUAUUUUAUAUUGUAUGCCUUCUAACUAUGUAUUGUUCAGAACUUUUAUAUUUACAGCCUGUGAUUUAAGGCCCUGACUGUUGACUGGAUCAUGACAGACUUCAGGAAGUAACUGCCAAAAAAAGUGAAUGUAAGGCUAUUGAAUGAAUGUCCAAUGAAUAAUCGAUGAUGUGUGCUUUAAAAUUAUUUAAUAAAACAAUGAUUUCAGCCAAAACAGAAAA